UCAGACAGAGAGAGAGAGAGAGAGAGAGAGAGAGAGAGAGAGAGAGACUGAGUGAAAUAUGUAAAUGAAUGUGGUUUGUUAUAUUUGUGUAUUAGAGACUCAGACCUGGAGCAAUUCUGCGAGCUGCAAAUAUGACUUCUCUCUGGAUUCUGUCCUUCCUUGCCUUCAUUAACACAGUCCUUGGCUGUGGGGUUCCUGCCAUUCCUCCAGUCAUCAGCAGCUAUUCCAUGAUUGUGAAUGGUGAGGAAGCAGUGCCUCAUUCCUGGCCCUGGCAAGUGUCACUGCAGGAUGUGAAAGGCUUCCACUUCUGCAGUGGCUCUCUGAUUAAUGAUUGGUGGGUUCUAUCUGCUGCCCACUGCAAUGUCCGAACUUCCCAUCAUGUGGUGCUGGGAGAGCACAAUCGUUCUGCUGAUAUCGAGGACAUCCAGGUCUUAAGAAUUGACAAGGUUAUUAAACACCCCAGGUUUAAUUCCUUCACCCUCGACAACGACAUCCUUCUGAUAAAACUGGCCUCCUCUGCCCAGUUCACUGCUCAUGUGUCUCCUGUGUGUGUGGCUGACACCAGUGAUCAAUUCCUGGGUGAAAUACAGUGUGUGACCACAGGAUGGGGUCUGACCAGUCACAACUCUUCUGAGUCUUCUCCUGCUCUCCAGCAAGCAUCUCUGUCUCUACUGACCAAUGAUGAAUGCCAGUGUUACUGGGGUGGUGUGAUUACCAAAGCAAUGAUUUGUGCCGGAGCUUCUGGCAUCUCCACCUGCAUGGGUGAUUCUGGUGGCCCUCUGGUGUGUAAAAUCUCUGGAGCCUGGAUCCUGGUUGGUAUCGUCUCUUGGGGAAGCAGUACGUGUAACACCUCCGCCCCUGGAGUCUACACCCAUAUCACUGAGCUGCGUUCCUGGAUAGACCAGACCAUCACUGAUAACUAAAACAUUUAUAAAGUGACUCUUUGAGUAAGACACAUGCAUGGGGUUUAUAUUGCCAUAUUAAAUGGUGUCAAGCAAUUAUUAUAUAAACACACCACUUUAAAAAACUUUACACAUUUUUAUUUCUCCUAUUUUGUACAAUGCUUAAUUUCAUAUUCAUAUAAUGAAAACCUUAAAAUUGUGCAGUGUGAUAUAUUAGAGUUGAACUCUAGAGGAAUCUAUACACUUGUCCAGGUAGUUCUGACUUUAAACCGAAUCACUGGUCUAUAUUAAUUUCCUUAUUUUAUUAUCAAUUCUAUAGUAAUAGAUCCUUCAUAGCAACUUAUACCAAUCAGGCAUAACAUUAUGAGCACUGCCAGGUGAAGUGAAUAACACUGAUGAUCUCCUCAUCAUGGCACCUGUUAGUGGGUGGGA